AUGGGCGAGAGAAAGACCGGUGCUACCUGGCACCUCAUAUACCCUUUCAUCGUCUGGGUCCUCAUCGCCAUCCCGACCUGGACAACAGCGAGUGGAGUCUGGUUUGUCGCCGUCAAAUCGAUGACCCAAGAGAUCCGGUUCGGGCCCAAGGAUUACUGCCGGUACAACAUCACCAUCGCGGAUGGUGGUACGCAACAGGUUCGAGGGGCCGGCUGUGUAGCUGCUGGGUGGUCUUACCAGGUUUUCCCAGACUCGCUCGGUAUAGAGAUCCCGGGCGCAGUCACAACUACGUUGAGCAAAGCGGCCGUCAUCUUGAUUCCGACCUUCUCGGUCUUGUUGCUGACUAUCCUGUGGCAGGCGUAUGCGACACGCUACCACCACAAAAAGUCUCACUACCAGGACAAGGUCUAUACCCUCGUCACCAUCCACCUGGUCCUGACGUUGACUUCGGCGGCAUUGGUCUGGCUGUGA